AAGGCAUUCUCUGCUAUUUAUCAAUCCCAGUGAAGCUCUUUCUUGUCUACUCACCACCUCCAGCAAGAAGAAUGGUGCUAAGGGUCACCAGUGGAGGGUUUCUGAGCUUGGAUCCAACCACCCCAGCCUGGGGGUCCGAACUCACAUCAAUGAAUGUAAGUGGCCAGGCCCUUCCUGAAACUCUGGACAUGGUGACCAGGACCCUGCUCUCACUGAUGGUGGUCAUUGCCGCGGGAGGACUAGCAGGAAACGCGACCGUGCUGUGGCUCCUGGGCUUCCGCCUGCGCAGGAACGCCUUCUCCGUCUACAUCUUCAACCUGGCGGGAGCCGACUUCCUCUUACUGGGCUGCCAGAUUAUAACUUCCCUCAGGUUCAUCAACGCCUUCCACUCCAUCUCACUCUUCUACAACUUCUUCAUCCCUGUGAUGAACUUUGCCUACAUCCAGGGCCUGAGCUUGCUCAGCGCCAUUAGCACCGAGCGCUGCCUGUCCGUCCUGUGCCCCAUCUGGUACCGCUGCCGCCGCCCCAAAAGCUUGUCUGUUAUUGUGUGUGCCCUGCUCUGGGCCCUGUCCCUGCUUCUGAGCAUCCUGGAAGGGAUGUACUGUCACUUCCCGUUGGAGGAUUUUCACCCUGAUUUGUGUAAAGUGUUUGAUUUCGUCAUUGCCGGGUGGUUGAUCUUCAUAUUUGCGCUUCUUUCUGGGUCCAGCCUGGCCCUGGUCGUCAGGAUCCUCUGUAAAUCCCAGCAGAUGCAGCUGACCAGGCUGUAUGUGACCAUCCUGCUCACCACGCUGGUCUUCCUCCUCUGCGGCCUCCCCUUUGGUAUCUACUGGUUCCACGUAUAUUGGAUCAUUCAUGGUCCGUUAACAUUCUCCUAUUCUCACCAUCUGAUGGUUGGCCUGUCCUGUGUCAACAGCUGUGCCAACCCCAUCAUCUAUUUCUUCGUUGGCUCCUUUAGGCAGCGGCAGCAGAAGAGGCGGGGAUGGCAGACACUCAAGGUGGUUCUCCAGAAGGCUUUGGAGGGUGUAUCAGAAGUGGAUGGAAGUGAAGGAAGCUUUCCUCAGGAAACCCAAGAGAUGUCGGGCAGCAGUCUGAUGUCCUGAUUCAGAGUCUCUGCUUUGAUCAGAUAUAUGUGGCUCUAGGGGGGAGGGUAUAGCUCAAGUGGUAGAGCACAUGCUUGGCAUGCAUGAGGUCCUGGGUUCUAUUCCCAGUACCUCCUCUGAAAAUAAAUAAGUAAACCUCAUUACCCCCCCCCAAAAAACAACAACAAGAUAUACGUGUCUCUGAGAGCCAACUUUCUCUGUAUUGGUGUGGGAAGGUUUCUUAACUUCUCUCGGCCUCUGAGCCCCUGGUCUUAAAACGGUUAAAGUAAUAAUUUGGCUAGUGAGGAUGGAGACAGUGCCUGUUACACAAACACUGAGUGUAGUGUCUCAAGGACUGUCUUUUCCAGGGGCCUUCUCCCUAUUCCCAUGGGAGCUUCACCAACUCUGGGGUCCAGGACUGUUUCCACUUUUGAAGAAUUCCACCUUCAGCAGAAGCUGAAAGCAGUGCAGGAAAGAUCUGAAUUUCUUUGGUCACUGCGCUUGGUAGGAACUAAAAGAACAUUACAUUUUGACAAGUUUCUGUGGUCAUUUUUUUUUACAAUCUGUCUCCAAACAAUUAAAAGAGUUAAAGUUCACCCUAGCCCCAAAGAGCAGUCUUGUUUGAUUUCAGCAGGGCUUAGGAUAUCUUCCUAGCUCAAUAAAUAUUUUUUGAAUAAAUAACUUAAUGAGUGAAUGAGAUGAAUUUUUAAGUCAAUCUGUACUAAAUUGCCAUUUACAGAUUUGAGUCACCAUCUAUAAGUUUGCUGCUUUCACCAUUUUCAACUUUUGCAAGCAUAAAGUUAAGGUUUAUAACCUGAUAAAUCAACAUCAAAGAGUAUUUAAGGUUUGAUGUGGGUUGUCUUUCUGUGGUUUCCUCUCACAUGCCCUCCAAUAGAAUCCCAUGUGCAGUCCUCCUCAUUCUCACCCCUUUGCCUUUGCCCUGAUUCUCCCCGCCUCGGGGCUCACUGAUCCUUCAUGCAGGUUUCCAGUGGGUUUUAUUAGACUCUGUUCUCUGGGGACAGGAUGUAUGUCAGAUUUACCUUUUAUUCCAAAGAGCUCACAACAUUGAUUUUAGUAAUCUAAUUACACAAAAAUGUUACCUGUUCUAUAAAAGUAAUAUACUAAGCUUAAAUGUUGCCUCUUAAUAAUUUUAAUAUUUUUAAAUGGAGGUGUAAUUAAGAGAGAGAGUUCACAGAUCAUUAGUGUACACAGUUCAUUGAGUUUUGGCAGCAAAUACACCCAUGUGACUCAAACUCCAAUCAAGAGAUAAGACAUUUUCAUCACCUCUGAAAGUUCCCUCAUGUCCCUCCAAGUCAUUCCUCCUGCCCCAGAGGCAACUAUUAUUUCUAUUUCUGUCACCAAAGAUUACUUUUGCCUGAACUUUGACUUCAUGUAUUUAGAUUCACACGAUGUACUUUUUUGUUCCCACCUUCUUUCACUCAGCAUAAUAUUUGGAGGAUUUACUUGUGCCACUGCACUGCAUAUACCAGCAGUUUCUCCCUUUUAUAUAGCUAAAUACUAUUUCAUCAGAUGGGCGUCUACAGCUUGUUUUCAUAGUGAUAGAUAUAUGUGUAGUAUUCCACUUUUGGCUAUUGUGAAUAAAGCUGCUGUGACCAUUC